GGGUCCGUUUGCAAUUUAACAAGGGGGACCAGGCUUCACUCGGCCAUCAAGUAAUCUGAGCCCACAAGACGGACCGACGUGCAACAUGCGCCUGCUUGUGUCUGUCGGAGUGUAAACGCCUCCGGCGGUUGGUGAGAACGCGACGGCGAAGGACGUGGCCUGUGGCCUGUCAUGUCUGAGGAGAGGGCGCCGCUGAUCGGACCCGCGCUACCGCCCGGCUACAGGGCGCGGGGGCAGCGCUCGCAGCCCGACUCGGACCGCCGGCGCCGGCCCAGGGCGGCGCUCGAUGAGACAGUUGCAGGACCAGCAUUACCUCCAGGAUUUCGGUCGAGCAAAAGCUCAGAGAGCUCAGAUGACGAUGAAGUUGUCUACUGCACCAAUGAGAGGAAACAAAGCUCAGCCCAAGAGCUGGGGAAAUCUGACAGAAUAGCAAUGGAGGAGAGUAAUGGCACAUCAAGAGCCAGAUGCAAGCAGCUUGCUGCUCCCCAGAUUGAAGAUGAUGGUGAUGAUGGAUUUUUUGGUCCUGCUCUUCCCCCUGGAUUUCCAAAAAGAGAGCAGUCGCCUGAACGUCCUUUCAUAGGUCCUGCACUACCACCUGGCUUCAGCAGGUCGGAAAAAGAAACAGAACUAGCUGUACCUUCAAGUUUAAGUAUGCUGCCUCCAGAUGAAGACAGUGAUGAGGAGACCCUGAUUGGCCCAAUGCCCUCAACAGGGACAGUUGAAAACAGUGUGGUGGCAGAUAUUGAGCGAAGGUCAAACAGAAUGAAGGAAAAGCUGGUCUCUGGGGACAUGGAUGACAGUCAGAAGCAGGCCAGAGAGUCUUGGAUGACUGAGCUUCCACCAGUGUUACAAAAUAUAGGCCUGGGUGCAAGAACAUUUAAGAGGCGUGCAAAUGGAGAAUCGUCUGACCGCUCCAUCUGGACAGAUACUCCGGCUGACAGGGAAAGGAAAGCUCAGGAAAUGUUAGAAGCAAAAGUGUCCUCUGCGAAAGAUUCUGAACAGCCCAAUAUCUCUGAAAGAGAUAAACGACUGGCCAAGGAGGUGGCAUCAUAUAAUGAAUCCACUCGAUCAGAGUCCCUUCUUGACAUGCACAGCAAGAAACUGAAAAGAAAAGCAGAAGCUGAAAAGAGCAAACCCCAGGAGCGACGGGCAUUUGACCGUGAUCAGGAUCUCCAGGUUCACCGGUUCGAUGAGGCCCAGAAGAAAGCUUUAAUCAAGAAGUCUAAGGAGCUGAACUCCAGGUUUUCACAUGGAAAAAGCAACAUGUUUCUGUAAAACAAAACAACUGGCAAAUCACAAAUUUAGAUCAUCUAUGUUCAGUCCACAGUUUAAUUCUGCUGUAAUAGUCCUAUUUUGUUUGGCAUAUUGAUUCAAACCAGCGUGUAUGAGUAGCAGAUCUCUUGUAAUAAAAUAUUUUUGUUUAAUAAUUUUGAUUAAUCAAAAUUAAAGUAAACCAAUUUUAUUUAUG